CUAGAGUUCCUGAGCUACAGUCUCAACAUGCCGGAGCCUGCCAAGUCUGUUCCCGCCCCGAAGAAGGGCUCCAAGAAGGCCGUGACCAAGGCGCAGAAGAAGGACGGCAAGAAGCGCAAGCGCAGCCGCAAGGAGAGCUACUCGGUGUACGUGUACAAGGUGCUUAAGCAAGUGCACCCGGACACGGGCAUCUCUUCCAAGGCCAUGGGCAUCAUGAACUCGUUCGUGAACGACAUCUUCGAGCGCAUCGCGGGCGAGGCGUCGCGCCUGGCGCAUUACAACAAGCGCUCGACCAUCACGUCCCGGGAGGUCCAGACGGCUGUGCGCCUGCUGCUUCCCGGGGAGCUGGCCAAGCACGCGGUGUCCGAGGGCACCAAGGCCGUCACCAAGUACACCAGCUCCAAGCUUCUGCAGCAACACAGGAAUAAGAGUCUCUGUCUCAGUCAUCGUCUUCCUGGUCACGUAAUCUAAGUGCAAAGUUGAACUGAGCAUGCAAACUUCAGAGUUUGUUGAUUCUUCCUGAAAAGAUCGGGAUCAUCAAUGCUGGGAGAAAACAGACAAUUCAUAACUUUUAUUUAUGGCGGCUUUCCUGACUCAGGCCAUGACAAUGUCUUACACCAAGAGUUAUGACCUCAAGACACCAGGAGAGAGAGAACAUUGGUGGUACUCGGAUACGUCUUGUACUCAGUAGUCAUUGUGCUGCCCCUCUCACUUCUACUGCCACAGUGGAAGCUAGCUGUGAAGUGCUGAGCCCAGGGCAGAAGCAACAGAGUGUCACCUGUACCAGCACUAGAUGCUCAGAGCACAGCAAUGGCUAGAGCUGAGCUGCUCCUUUUACUGUGAAAGAAUGACAGUGCGAGGUGUAAUUAUGUAAAGAACCAAAGCGUGACGAUGACAUUGACAAUAAGAGUAAAACAUGAAAGAAAUCCAUCAUUGGUUUCAACCACUGCAAGCACAGUAACAUAUUUGAUUUUGAAAAGAUCCUUUGACACUUGACAUUCCCAUAGUCUCUUUGUACAGAAGAGGAUUUAUGAAGGAUAUGGAGAGCAGUGAAUUAAUUCCCUAAAGCUACAUGGUUACAGAGUUUCUUAUCUUUGUGUGUGUGUUGCUGGUGGUUUUUUUUAUUUUUUAUUUUUUUUUUGAGACAUGUUCUCAUGUAAUCUAUGUUGGCCUCUAACAUGCUAAGUAGCUGAUGCUAGCUUUGAGCUUCUUCCUCCUGAGUACUUGGGUUCGAGGCAUGUAUUACCCUGACUGGCUGGUAGAAAGAUUUUAAAGCCAUUUAGGUAGUUCCAAACUCUGCAUGUUAGCCCCAGUUUCAUGUUAUGCCCAAUUGUAUCCAACAACCAGAACUUUUGCGGGGGGGCUGAAUUCAAUUAAAUAUGCAGUACCAUCUGGAGGCUGUUUUAAUAAGAAGCAAUAUCAAACAUUUGGACAAAUUGUUUUUGGUAGACUUAGAACUAUGUGGGGACACACAUUCUAGUUCUACUAAGACAGCCUCUCUUGCUGUGCCAGCAGCCCUUCCAAAACAGGGGCAAUAGUGCCAAAUCUUGUAGGAAAUAAGCCUUUCUGUUUUUUUGUCUCAAACUCCUGUAUCAUGGCAAGUGCCAGGGUUGAAGCAGGUGACUGGUGAUUUGUGCGGUGGUCAUAAUCUUAGUCUCAAAGUGGUAUUUUUUUAUUUGUCCUAUAAUAUUUCAUUUAGAACAUACAAACACAAUAAAGAAAUAUUAAUAUGCACACAUUUGAAGUGUUUAACAAAUCAAAAAUAAGGCUAGAAAACAAAUGAUGAACUGGAAAAUAUUUCUAUUAUGUAAAACUGAAAUGGUUUUGCUACCAGUCUCUUCAUCAGUAUUCCAAGGGCCUGAGGAUGUACCCAAGUUGCAUCCUGCUUCCCGAGUUUAAACAAAGCCCUAGGUUUGAUCCCCUGCAUCCAGACACAAACCAAGGUGGCACACAUUUGUAAUUCCAGCAUUGGGGAGGUGAAGGCAUGAGAACCAGUAAAUCAUGGGUACAUUUCCUUACUUAACAUUUGAUGCUAGCCUUGGCUGUAUGAGCUAUUCUGUAGUCAGAAAAGGUGGUAAUCCCUUUUCCCCCAGCUCAUAUAUUAUAAGGUCAAAACAAUAAAUUUUGUAACUCUUGAGGAAAUGGAGACUCCUCAAGUGUGAAGAAUGCUUCAAAGCAGGCAUCCCUUGAUUUCAUCUUUCGUUACUGGGUUUCAACAUGUGGAUUGCAACCCCUUUGGGAGUUAACAGCCCUUUGGUAGGGGUGGUCUAUUAGACAUACUGCGUAUCAGAUAUUAACAUUGCCACUCAUAGCAGUAGCAAAAUUACAAAGUACAGUAAAGAUAAUUUUAUGGUUAGAGGUCAUCACAACACAAGGAACUUAGCAUUAGUGUAUGGGGAAACAAACCGAAGCCAUUUUGAAUAAAUCUUCUGUUUUAGACAGGGAUCAAAUAAAAGUUCAAGUUCCCACAAUCUCCCUGGGUAACUGAAUCCUGGUGGGCAAGUUGAAACAUAAAUGCUAGUCAAGUCUGCCCCACCAAAGCUGAGUAAACCAACCAGGGCAAACGGGAUAAACGAAUCACAAAGAAAUGUUCCCAGGAAAGUCCCCUAUUCCUGAAUCCUGAUUGGUGAAAAAAAUGUAGUUGUAACUUUGCACAGAUAUUUACAGCUUUUCACCACAACAUUCUGUGACAUUCUGGCUCCAGGAGUGGGGUCAGAGGCGGGUGGGAGGUGUCUUAGUUCAGCUCCAAAGUCUGUUCUGUGGCUCUGAUCCAUCAAUAUUGGCUUGAUUACAACAAACCUUUCUUUUCUGCAUUGACCUGGUAUUUGAGUUGUGUUGGACCAAGUGAACCCCAUAACAUUAGGACAGUUGAGAACCGCUGUACAAGUUGGGAUUAGACAGCCUUAAGCACUUCCAAGGAAUAAAAUGUACUGGAUAUCAUGGCCUUGAGAGGACUGAGUUAGCCAGAGCCAGGCUGACUACAUACAAGCUGCAAACGGGCAGUUUGGGAGACUAGACCUAAGCUUCUGUUUUCCAGAAAUGAGAACCUGGAUCUAGGAACCUGUGGCCAGCCAGCCACAGCCUUGGGCAGUUAAUCCUGAAGCAAGCAUAGGUAGCUAGAAUGAGUAAGUAACUACUCUGGGAAGUCUCCAGAGCCUAAGCAGUUGUAAAAUCAGUCAGACCCUUAGAGACAGAGCUGAUGGAUCAAGGUAAAUGGGACAUACAUACAACUCACUGGAAUUCCCAUAACUGACAAUAAAAGCUGGACCUGAGAGCCUAUCAGGGGUCUCUAUUCUCAAUGGGGAGACUCUUGCAUGCAGGAAUUUCUGCUGAAUAAACGCUCUUUGUUAUUGCA